AUGAAGACUGCAAUUCUUACAUUUGCCCUGGCAACUCUCGCGGCGGCUGCGCCUGCACCUUUGGUUCCACGUGCGCCUCCGGGUGUCCCUACCACCGCUGCGGCAAAGACCCAACUUGCUGGUCUCACCGUUGCUGCUCAAGGCCCUCAGACUGGUUACUCCCGUGAUCUGUUCCCUCACUGGAUCACACAGUCAGGUGCCUGCAACACCCGCGAGGUCGUCCUCGCCCGUGAUGGAACUGGCGUCGUUCAGAGCUCUGCCUGUGCUGCUACCGCCGGACGCUGGGCCAGCCCCUACGAUGGAGCCGUUUGGACCGACGCAGCCGACGUUGAUAUCGACCACAUGGUCCCCCUGAGUAACGCAUGGAAGUCCGGUGCCGCAUCAUGGACCACUGCACGCCGCCAGGCCUUUGCCAACGACUUGACCAACCCGCAGCUCCUCGCUGUCACUGACAACGUCAACCAAGCCAAGGGCGACAAGGGUCCCGAGGACUGGAAGCCCCCGCUAACAAGCUACUACUGCACAUACGCCAAGAUGUGGGUGCGGGUCAAGAGCGUGUACAGCCUGACCAUCACGAGCGCGGAGAAGACGGCCCUGACAUCCAUGUUGAACACUUGCUAA